AUGUCAUUCCAGCAGUCGAGCAGUUCGAUCACUGCAUUCCCUACGACAGAACGUGGGAAAGAAUCUCCCUCCGUGGAAUCUGACAAGGUCAGUCGCGCCGGCACAACCGGUUCACAGGGUGCAGUCCAACCAAGCUGGCCAAAGAAGAGAGCGCCUACCCCCGAACCAGCAACAUAUAGAAAGCGAAUGUGUGGGCCUGCCAGAGACCUGGUUCUUGGAGAACCAUCUAAAUCCGGGAAGAGUCUGGUAGGAUACAUUCGUGGUUCAGCACAAGUCACCAUGGGAGACUUUCUCAAUAAAGUUUACGCGUGUGAGUUGACUGGACCUUUCGAUGUAGCUCUUCCUCGCGUCCGCCCCUGCGGACUUGUCGCCAUCAGGACAUUUCAGGGGCCUGACAGUGAGAAAGCACUGUGGUGA